GGUGUCGGUAUCGGCAAGCCGAUUCGGCGUCACAUUCACGCGUCAUAGCAACAAGUCUGCACGUGUCUUUCAACACCACAAACCUCUUGCAAACUCCGGUAAACGGUGAAGACGGCACCAUACGGCGAGCGGUUACUUCAUAAAAAAGGAGAAGAUAUGAUAUAGCGAGCGAAAGGCGAGGGUUUUCCAUCACCAAAAAAGAGAGGCUAGGGUUUCCGAUUCGACUACUCCUUCACUUUUUAGCUGCGAGCGAGAGAGAUGAAGAUUUAUCACAUCCCUUGCUUGGAGGAUAACUAUGCCUACCUAAUCGUGGACGAGAGCACGAUGGAGGCGGCCGCCGUCGAUCCCGUGGAGCCCAAGAAGAUCAUCGAGUCCGCCAAGGAGAUCGGCGCGGAACUUAAGCUCGUCCUCACCACUCAUCAUCACUGGGAUCAUGCUGGUGGAAACGAGGAGAUUAAAAAGCUGGUGCCAGGGAUUAAGGUCUUUGGUGGGACGAUAGACAAUGUUAAAGGGUGCACGAAUGAGGUGGAGAAUGGGGACAAGUUUACUCUGGGGGCGGAUAUUAAUAUCCUGUCCCUCCACACGCCAUGUUCUAUGAAAACAAAGUCAGUAUGGAGCAUGAUGUAGCUAUGGAGAUAGGCCUUCACUUGGUUGCGGCAUCAGUAUCUGUGUACUAAUAUUUACAAAACAAAGCAGAUGGUUUAACUAAUUGAAAAUUCAUGAGAAAGACUGAAAUGACAAGAGGUUGGUUAGAACCUUUCUUUUUAUAACAUUAUGCAACAUGGUGGAGCGGUGAGAAUGAUAGGCCAAACUUCUUUCUCCAGACCAUUAUGAGUCCCGCUCUUCUCUUUUUUAGUUUUUGUUGUUGUCACCGCUACCAGUGCUACCUCCAUCGCCAUUGCUGCCGCUGCUGCCACCUAUAUUAUAGCCACCACCUCUACUGCAACUGCCACUAUCUCCAUCAUCGCAACAUCACUGCUACUGCUGUCAACAUUACUGCUGUCGCUGCUCCUCUAUCAUUACUGCCAACACUGCUGCCACCAUCGCCAAAUGUAGGAAGAGAGGUUGGUUAUUGAGAAAUUUUGUCUACAAAA